AAGCAUGACAGAAGGAGCGGCUCGGGCCAUUGGCGGAGUGGGUAGGCUAGAGAAGGCGGGAGCACGGAUGAUUGAUGGGCACGGCGACUCCACGUCGACAGGGAAUAUCAAGAUGGAGGCGCUGGCUCUGGAGCCCACCCUCUACACCGUGAAGGCAGUUCUUAUCUUGGACAAUGACGGUGAACGCAUCCUUGCCAAGUACUAUGAUAAUACCUACCCAACGGUGAAAGAACAGAAAGCCUUUGAGAAAAACAUCUUCAACAAGACACACAGAACCGAUAGUGAGAUAGCGCUGUUGGAGGGACUGACAGUUGUCUACAAGAGUAACAUCGAUUUGUAUUUCUACGUGAUCGGCAGCUCACAUGAGAAUGAGCUGAUGCUGGUGUCCGUGCUCCACUGUUUGUUUGACUCUCUGAGUCAGAUGUUCCGGAAGAAUGUGGAGAAGCGGGCUCUCUUGGACAACAUGGACGGUGUAUUCCUGGCCAUCGAUGAGAUUGUGGAUGGAGGUGUGAUCCUCGAGAGUGAUUCACAGCAGGUGGUGCAGAGAGUGGCACUAAGGGCUGAUGAUGUACCCUUGACAGAACAGACUGUUGCACAGGUCCUUCAGUCGGCCAAGGAGCAGAUCAAGUGGUCUUUACUGCGAUAGACACAAUACCGGACACAUUCCUUCUCUCUGCUGACAUUCCCGGGGUCCCAGCACUGAUACUGGACUGUAAAUCUAUUCCCCCCCCACCCCCACACAGAAUCUCCACAUAGAGGAGGUGUAAGCCCCACCAUUCCCCAGGGACGUACUUUCAUUCACAAGUGCACUGAAUUGUGGGUUGCAGAGCAAGGAUGGGACAUAGGGUGACAGUGACAGAGUUCAGGAGGAAAAGAGGGGGAGUGAACCCACUCUCACCCUCCACUCAAACUGUCUCCUCUUCAGUUAGCCCUGAAGAACCUUGACUGAGCCGGUUACUCUCUCAAACCACUUCAUACCCCUCUAUCUGAAUACAUCCCAUUUCUUGCACCGACCCCUGAUGCCCAAUCAGUGCUCUCUCCAGUGGAUCCCCACUUAACUGUGGUCUUCAAUAAACUCCUGUUAAACUGA